AUGUUCCUUAGGAUAUUGGAAAAGCAUGAUGAGGUCGAGAAAGAGGAUAAAGAGGGCACUCAAAAUUCCAACGAGAAGAUUGAAAAUGGUGUUAAUUUUGAUGAUGCCAUAGGCAACAAAUUUCUUGAUGAAAAAAGUGACAUUUUUACUACCUAUAAUGAUUUAGCCAAGAGUGUGAGCUCUCAUGAUGAGUGUGGCAUACAAGUUAAAAACUUGUGGGACGUUGCCAACCUUGAAAGAAUUGAUGAAUUGUCCGUCCAUAGUAAAGAAAAGGAGCGGCAUGUCAUUAAAAAUAACGGGAGCAUCUCUAAGUACUCAAAGUUUCAUAUACGAGGUGAGGUUUCAAGAAACGACCCACAUUUUAGCAAAAUUUGCUCUCUACUAUCGUAUAAUACCCUUUGGCACCGGAUUCAAAGGAUUAAUGCACUACUUUUAGAGGAUUAG